AUGAACAUGAGUGCUUCUGAAGAGGACAGUAACAACACUAAUGUUAGCCUUAAAGUACCAGCGGAAAUGCUGUCCAACACAACAAGUAGACCAGCGUCCCCGGUCAACAGGAAACGGACAGACGACGACUCUACCUCAGGUUCGGGCCAUCACCGCCAAGGCAGCUCAGCUAGCAACAAUUCGCUGCCACCGACUAAAAAAUCAAAGACUUCACCACCUCUUGCACCGAUCCAAAACACUGGUACUGCUCUCGACGGUCCCAUACUGGGCGGACACGGUCAGACUGAUUAUAGGCAGCCAAAAGAGAUUGUGGACGACACAAUUUCCCCGCAGACUUCGCCUAUGCUCGAACCAUCAAUAUCUUUGAAAACAGUAUCCUCUACAGAAAAGCGGUACUCACCGGUAGCAGAUGUCCCCAUGCAGUCAAAGGCGCGUAAACUGGACGAUAAUGAUCGACCUACAUCCCCUUCAUUUAGGGCUGGCUCUCCACCGUUUCGUGUCGGAUCCCCGCCUCUUAAGACUACAUCACCUUCCCUUGGACGAAGCGCGACAGCUAUACUGGAUAGUCUAUCUAAACCAGGAGAAAACUCGCUUGGUAACUUAAAUUUGGGUACCCCUGUUAUCGGAAGAACCCCUGUUGGAGAGCGCGUGAUGGGUGUGAUCACAAGUCAGCCUAAUUCACGUCAGUCGAGCCCCGAUCCGUAUGAUAAAGUAGCAAAUAUACCAAACCAGCCUGAGGUGUCGAAUGCAAAAUCACCAAUGGAAACAGAGGUAACUUCCGACGUGAAUGUUGAGGAAUUCAACUUGGAUGAUAUCCCAGACACUAGUGCAGAAAGGAUACCAGGGGAGCCUAGCCCCGCGGGGGCCAUGCGUAUUUCCUCUGAUGAUGAAGACCCAGUAGACGCGCUUGCAGAAGAGCCUAUGCACGAAGUAGAAGAAUAUAGCUAUGACUCUGAGGAAGAGGAUGAGUUUGGACAGGAUUCUAUGGAUGAAAUUGAUAUCGAGAGCAUUGGUAUGCCGGAUUAUGACUCGGACUCAGAGAGCGUUCCUUAUAAAGACCCAGAUCCAUCAUGCCUUGAUCGAUUCACUAAGGAAGAAGCGGAUGCCAUCAUUGAUGAUGUUAGAAUGCAUGGUAAAAUACCCAAUCUCAUUUUUCAGAUUAUAUUCUAA